AUGCGCAUUCUGUUCACUCCCAAGCACCAGAAAUUGGUCAAUCAGUGCUAUCCGACAGGGAGAACGCCAGACAAAAAGCCCAAGUCCUCGGAGACCUCAUAUCUGCUGUACUAUGUAAAUUCCAGACGUACUAAGCUUGAAAAGGUGAGCACCUACUUGGCUAAGAAAUGUGUGGCAGACCUCAACCACAGGCGAAUUGGGAAUAUCACUGUUACUCUUGAGCUCAUGAACAAGAUCGUCAACCACUGCAAAGAGAACCUGAAUGUGUUUGUUAAAGACUUUCUUCAAAUAAUGAUUAAAAUACUCUCGAACGCUAAUGUUAACAACGACGUCGGCGUCUUAGAAAAGGUGGAGGAGACGUUUGGAAGCAUAUGCCGGAAUUUAGAUGGUGCCAUGUGCAAUGGAGAUACGGAGUUUAUCGACAUGUUCGAAGUUUUUGUCAACUUGUACCUCGAGGUCGUAACAGAUCGUCUGCGCGACGACAUUCUGCUUCUCAAAGGCUGUUCAGAUAUCUCAGUUGUUACUAACCUUGCGGCCACCCCACAAGCUAGUAAGCUGUUAUCUAGAGCCGCUGAACUAUCACUCACAAAAUAUCAGGAAAGAAACCCGCAAUAUAGGGUGAAGAAUUUAGAAGCUUCCUCAGAUCAGCCAAUCGCGAAGAGACUCACCAGAACACAGACUCAGGUGCCAGGCUUGGAUGACCUAACUAACAGUGACGAUGAAGCGGUCAAUGCACUACGCUCAUUUUUCAACACUGCUGAGACUGACAAGUUAACCUUAGCAAUAAAGGCCUUGCUCAAAGUGCUAUUGAGAAUUCCAAACAAGAGUUUACUUCAAUUCAUCUGUAAUGGAAUUCCGGUUCAUUUGAGAUAUAUUGUUAUCCUCAUCUUCAUCCGUCAGCUCGACAAAGACAAGGAGCAAUCUGUGAUAGUUCUUAAAUUGAUCUCAAGCUUACUCGUUUCCGAAGUGAGUAUUGUUGGUCUAAGUAUUCUUGACGUUAUGCGCAAACUGCUCAAUACUCAACUUGCUGCAGGUGCCACUGCAGAGACAAGCAACCAAUGCGCUACCACCAUAGGCGACCUAAACCGAAAGACUUACUAUAAAGAUCAAACCUCUGACAUGUUUUCCGAAAUUCUCUUGAGGUUGAGAGACGAAAGAAAUUUGAAGUUUCACAAUAUACUGCGUCGUGAUAUACAGGAACUCGCGGCAUCGACCUACACACCUUCGUUGAGCUUGGAAAUGUUCCUAGAUCUCACUGCAUAUGUCGAUCGCCCUCUCAAACUUUUCAGCGUUGUCAGCGAGUCGGUCAGCGGGUCGUUUUCGAUAUCGAAGUUGUUUCACUUCAUAGACUCCCUAACAUCUGAAGGUCUACAACAAGAGUUUAUUGCUGCAGCGUUCUCUAAAUUCAAAGGAAUUGCGCUCCUUGCCGGUUUAAAGCAUUACUUGGAGUACGAUAGUAAAAACAAUGACCCUUACUACAUAUACCACGAAGAGGCCGCAAAAUUCCUGGGCAUAAGCGACUACAGAAAUCAAGCCCAAUAUAAAAGAAAAUCUGGAGAGCGUUUCUCUCGUGACGACUUGUUAAACUACUAUUCUGAUGUUGAGACGAACAAAUACUCCGAAAAAGGCAGGAGAAUCAUUGCUUCCAACGGAAAUAAUAUUUCAACAACUGACUUGGUGUCCCACAGUAACAAUAACGAAGAAACUCAUAACAAAGAAAGCUUCGCGCUGCCCCUGCCAUCGAACAACAACUACGAAUACACGCCAAAGUUUACUGUCUCCUCCGACGUGCGCUCCUUAAAAACACUUAGAUACAAUUCACCAAAGGUGAAAGACCUAAAAGCAGCGGAACUUAAGGGAGCUCCUGCCUCAAAAAGAAAUGGCUUAUCAAGAGGCUCGCAGUCAGUUAAAUCUCACAUAACAAACAUUACCUUCCUCCUAUCAGAACUUGAUGACGAUUGCAACGAAAUAAAAAUUCAAGAUCCAGACGAUGAGGAAGUAGUCGGUCUUGAGAAAACUGCGAUAGCUAGAUCCGAAAGCCUCAAGCUGCUCAACAACGCAUCUAAGGGAGCAAAGCGACUCAGCAUUCCCGUGAGACUUCAAGAGGACGAGGACGACUUUAAGGACGCCAAUGAAGACGUGCAGAUAACAUCCACCAGGGGAAAGCUGUUCGCGGCUUAG